GCACAUAUGAAUGGUAUAUAACUGUUGAUUCCUGAUUUUUUUCGACAGAUCGUGCAAUUAUUGUGCAAUAAUUUUUGUCUUUGUCAAUUUACUAUUCGAGUAAUCUGUGCGAGUCGUUCCAUAAACAUUCACACCAUGGCGUGGAAACCUUCAUUGUUUGUGGGUUUGAUAUUAAUCACAAAAAUAGAUACGGGGAAAACCUAUUUCCUGAAAGAUUCCAACAAAUAUACCUUCCCCGAUUCGUUUAAAUUCGGGGUUGCAACUUCUGCAUAUCAGAUAGAAGGUGCUUGGAAUGAGGACGGAAAAGGACUUAGCAUUUGGGAUUACUAUACACAGAAUACAAGUCUCGUUGGUGACGGGAGCAAUGGUAACGUUGCUUGCGACUCUUAUAACAAAUAUAAGGAGGAUAUCGAGCUGUUGAAACAACUUGGCGUGAAUCAUUACAGAUUUUCAGUGGAAUGGACGAGAAUUCUGCCUGACGGAAUGAUCAACAAUAUAAAUCAAAUUGGUGUUGAACAUUACAGUAACUUAAUAGAUGGACUGAUUGCAGCUGGAAUUGAGCCAAUCGUGAGUGAAUGAAAUAGAUUUUCUCAA